AUGGCCCAGUCCAGUGUGCAAUCACUCAAGACAUGCCUCCUCAUCUCCUAUACCACGAAUGCGUUCCCUGGCGAAUAUAUCCCCACUGUGUUCGACAACUACUCGGCUAGUGUGAUGGUUGAUGGCAAGCCUAUAAGCCUCGGGCUGUGGGAUACCGCCGGCCAAGAAGACUAUGAUCGACUUAGGCCUCUGUCGUAUCCCCAGACUGACUGGUACCCUGAGAUCGACCACCAUGCGCCCAACAUCCCCAUCAUCCUCGUAGGCACCAAGCUCGAUCUCCGAGAAGACCCCUCUACUCUGGACGCUCUCCGGGCCAAGCGCAUGGAUCCCGUGUCCUACGACCAGGCUCUGCUCUGUGCCAAGGAGAUCAAGGCCCAUAAGUAUCUUGAGUGCUCCGCGUUGACACAGCGAAACCUCAAGAGCGUAUUCGACGAGGCCAUCCGCGCUGUGCUUAAUCCCCGACCCGUUCAGGUUAAGCAGAAGAAGUCGAAGUGUACGAUCCUGUAA